CGAGUCGAUACGAGAGAGAAUUUUUUUUAAGGAGAGUCUCUUGUUUUUUCGUCCACAGAUUAUGUAUUCAUUUUAUUUUUAUUAAACAAAAAAAAAGUAAUUUUUAUCAAAAGCAAAAAAAAAAAAGAAAUAAUAAACUUACUAACAAAUUAAAGAGCAAAAUCAAGUUAUAACUACAGACCAAGUUAAAUAAAAAUAAUCAUCCAACUUACGAAAAACUAAGAACAUUUUCAACCCAAAAAAAAAAGUAAAAUCAAUUUGUAUUUUCAAAUGACUGCUGCAACCACACACAUAUAAAAAAAAAAAUGCUAUAAAAAAAUGAACAUCUGAUCAGCAAGAGCAAGCAAGCAGCAGCAGCAGUAUGCUCUCAUAUCAUAACUAUCAUGGCAAAUUAUGAAAACGAAACAAGAACUAGCAAAGGAAAAAAUUAUUUAAUUUUAUAAAAAAGAAAAAAGUGAAUGAAAAAAAGACUUGGUGUUUCUUUUUUUUUUUUUUGAGAGAGAGACAAAAAUGAAUUUGUGACUUUUCUUUUACUAUUUUAAAGAAUUAUUACUUGGAAAAUAUUAAUCUAAAAAUUGCUUGCAAACUUAUAUUAAAAUUUGGUAAAGAAAUAUAAAAUAGUUACCAAAAAAAAAAUACAUAAUGGAUAAAAUCAUUAAUGAUUUCCUCCAAAACCUAUCAAAUAAAAUACCCAAAAGCAAUUGUAAUUUUGUGUAAAACAAAAAGCAGAUAAUACUCGAUAUAUAAUUCACUUUAUAACACACAAAUAUGUGAAUUCAAUUUUGGCAAAAAAAAUUCAAUUUUUUUGAGGCAAUUUGUAAAAGAAAUCUACGCUGUUGGGUUGUUCAGUUCGUUAAUUAUUAUUUAAUGAAAAAUAAUAUAUAAUAAUAAUUAUGACUCAUGGCUGCGUGUUAUCCUAAUUACGAUUUGUCGAUAUCUCAGGGAUUUACAGGUGCAAUUUCUGUCAUAUCCCAACAAUCCUCCCAACAACAACAACAUCACAUGUCUCAAGUUAUGAAAAAAACACUACACCAAGAUAACCUACAGCAGCUGGAUCAUCAUUCACAUAAUAUUACAUCAAAUGGAGGAGUUGGAAUGGGCGGUGGUAGAGCGGCAGCAGUUGCAACAACAUUAGCAGCUGUUUCUGUAGCUAAUUUAACUGCUGCCGCUGCUGUCGCCGCUACCGCCGCCAAAAAUUACAUAAACACGCCAAAAGAUUACUUCGUUCCAUUGCACGUAGAUUGUAGUGUAGAAUAUGAACUGCCAAAGCAACCAAAACCACCAGCGGGCCAGCGAGUUGAGCCACUGUUAAUGAUACAUCCAUGUUAUUUUCGUAAAAUGGAGUCUCAACGUCGCAGUCCUUUUAUUAACAAUAUGCCAAAUUCAUCUCGAAAUAAUGCUGCUGCAGCAGCAGCAAUGUUUGUUGGUGUAGCUCUUAUAUCUUCACAACAAGAUAAUUCUUCUACAUCUUCAAAUAAUCAUAUUAAUAUUGCACCACCACCAUCAGCAUCAGCUGCUGCUGUCUCGUCGACGUUAUCAGUUAAGAGAUCAUCAUCUAUUAAAAAUCAUCAUAAUAAUAACCAUCAUCAACAUCAUUAUCAUACUAGACAAAAUUUACUAUCUUCUUCUUCACAGUAUAAUAAUGGUCAUGGUCAUGUUAAUGGAUCACUUAGUCAUACCGAACAACAACAACAACAACAUUUACAACAAUUACAACAGCAUACUCCUCAUCAUCAACAUCACCACCAUCAGCAUAAACAACAUAAUUUGCUUCACAAUCCGUCAGCAAGUUCUAAAUAUUUGAAUCAUUCUUCUUCACCAAUCCGAAGGACUUCGAUUGCUGGUGGUGGUGUUAAUCAGAGCAACAGUCAUCAGCAAAUAAGACAAGACAACCUAGUACAAAACUCCUCAUCUAAGUCAGCUGGUGGUGGUGGUAAUAGCCAUCAUUGGGAUCAACUAACAGCAGCGGCAACAUAUGUAGAAUCAACAUCAUCCUCAAUUAAUAAUGAUCAAAAUAAUUCAUCAUCAUCUUCUUCGAAUAUAUGCGAAGUUCCUGGAUGUUCAAUUGCAUUAAAUUCAACAAAAUUGGGUAAACGUGAUGGAAUGAUAUCAGGCAGCGGAGCAAGUGGAGGAGGUGGAGGAGGAUAUUCAACCUCAGCAGCUGCACCAACUAAUAAUAAUAAUAUUUCUUUACGAAUACAAACGAAUAAAAGUGGAAAAUCUCAUCAUAAUAGCAAUUUUGGGAUAUCUACUUGUUUAGUUGAUACAACAAAAUUGUCGUCGUCGUCAUCAUGGAAUCCUAAUAAAACUAAUAAUACUACGUCAUCAUCAUCAUUAUAUAUGAUUGAUCAAAGCCCUAUUGCAGCAGUUCCUAGUAAUGUACAGGCAGGACCUGAUACAAUGCCAAAUAAUAAUACACCACUACUUCAACAUCAUAAUAAAUAUAAAACAAUUAUAAAUGACAAUAAUAAUGAAAUGAAUAAUGGUACUAAUAAUAAUAUUAAAAAUAACAACAACCUCAUUAUAAGUAGUGGAAAACUUCGGCAAUAUAUAAGAUCACAUCGGGUUCAUCCUUAUAUAAAUGGAACAUAUUCUUCUUCUUCACAGCAUCACUUAGAUUCUGCUGGUUUAGUAGCUUUAUCAUCAUCAUCAACAACAAAAUCAUUAUCAUCAUCAUCAUCGGGAUUGAUGAUGACUCGUAGUAGCGGUGGCAUUGGCAUUGGUGGCGGUGGCGAUUUCGAAGUAUUACCUCAAUUUUCAGCAGCAGCAGCUAAAACGAAUGUAGCAGCUGUUGCUGCAGUAUCAACAACAGCAAAUUCAUUCCAACAACAUAUGCAACAAAUUUCUUGCUACAAUGUGUGAUAAAAUUAUAAUAAAAAAAAUUUCAAAAAAAAAAAA